AAGGCAUCAGUAAACAGAAUGCAAGUUUGCCGCGGUGUUUGGGCUACUUAAGGCGACCUGGGCCUAGCCGUUCAGGAAAGCCUCGGUGUUUCCCGGCCAGCUUCGCCGGGCAGCUGGACGUGAAGUCGGCGGGGACAUUUCCAAGCGGUGGAAAGAACAGUCUCCUACUUGUAAUGUUGUCCACAGCACCCCAGGACAAGUAAACGUGUUAACAUAGGAGGGACCAUGGCAUAUGAGGAGAUAAAGGACCUGGGGAUGGAGGGAGACAGAGGCCUAGUUGCUGGUCGAAGCCAGAGAGAGAAGAGGAGGUCGUACAAGGAUCUUUUACGAGAGGAGGAAGAAAUUGCUGCUCAGGUACGAAAGACAUCAAAGAAACGACCUAAAGACUCGGAGCUUUUCAUGCUUGGUGGGGACUUGCACAAGAAGAAGAAGAGGCAUAGUGAUGACUACUAUUACAGGGACCACGAUGGCUCAGGCCCACCUUCCCAUAAGAAAAAGCACAAGUCCGUAGACCGCUCACCAACUCUUUCAUCCCCCACAUCAUCACAAUCAACAGAUACAGCGAUGGGCCUCCUGCAGGCCAUCACCUCCCCUCUGGCCACAGGCUCAGACCCCAGCCCCCAUUUGCACAAGAAACCCUCCUACCCUUUCUCGUCUCACUCUUCCAAGGACCGCAAACGCGAGGGCAGCAGCAGCGGAAGUGGAAGCAAAGGAAGCCACUCUUUCUCACACUCCCGCCCCGCGCCUUCAUCCUCGUCUUCCUCCAAGAAGCACUCGUCCUCUUCCUCAAAGUCGUCUCUGUUUCACGGUGGAGCUCCAAAAGAGGAGCCCUUGACUUUACGUGAGGCUGAUGGGCUGAAAAUGAAGCUCAUCAUGUCACCGGAGAAGGAGGAACCAGAAAGCUUCCCAUUCACGUCGCACUCAUCCAAGGGAAGUGUGAAGAAAGAGAAGGAUAGAGACAGGAUACAGCCAUCAAAGUCACCCAAGAAGAAGAUGCAGCAAAGCAGAGACCCACUGCCUAUAGUGGGGAAGGAGGUGGAGGUAGAAGGUCAUUAUGGAGGCGGCAUGGGAGAUGACAGCUCUUCCUCUGGGGGUGAACUGGAGGCUGGUGAACUGGUUAUAGACGAUUCGUAUACACACUUGUCAAAAAAGAAGAAGAAGAGCAAGAAAAGCAAGAAGAAAAAGGACAAAGAGAAAGACAGAGACAAGGAAAAAAGUGGGAAGGACAGGAAGCACAGCAAAGGAUUUCAAGACUCUUCAAGAAGCCACAGUCACUCCCAUCCCACUGUCACCCAUAGUGCUGUUGGGCCGAUGUACGCCAUGAGCAAGACCGUCACUCCACACCACCAAGGCCACGAUGGAACGGCAGAGAAGAAGAAGAAGAAAGAGGAGAAGGAGAAAGAAAAGCAUGAAAAGGACAAAGACAAGCCCAAGAAGAAGAACACAACAGCAUACCAGGUGUUUUGUAAGGAGUACAGAGUGAACAUAAACGCUGAGCAGCCGGGGCUAGACUUUGGUGAGCUAAGCAAGAAGCUGGCAGAAGUGUGGAAAUCCAUGGCUGAAAAAGACAAGCUGGUCUGGAGGCAGAAAGCUCAGUAUCUGCAGCACAAACAGAACAAAGCUGAGGCCACCACGGUGAAACACAAGUCCUCCAGCGAGGUGAAAAACAAAGUUGUGGGGACCGGAGCAGGGGUGGUGUCACCCGCCAGAACGCCCAGCACCAUGUCCCUGUCCCCGGCACGGGUACCAGACGUUGAUCCCAUCGAUGCAGCGGCUCACCUGCAGCUGCUUGGGGAGUCCUUGUCUCUGAUUGGACAUCGGCUACAGGAAACGGAAGGUAUGGUGGCAGUAUCAGGGAGUUUGUCCGUUCUUCUGGAUUCAAUCCUGUGUGCGCUGGGCCCACUGACCUGUCUCACCGCUCAGAUACCGCAGCUAAACGGCUGUCCUCGGACUGUCCUGUCGAACACGUUGGACAACAUCGCCUACAUCAUGCCGGGGCUCUGAGGAACAGGAUCCUGACUCUGGAGCAGUACGGCAUGGAAAGACAACAAACUCCACCAGAGAAACCCUCGGACUUUAAUUUAAGGCAAUGCUCAGCAUCUGGAAACCUUAAUGUUUCUCGCCUCGACCUGUUUUUAAAGUGCUUUUUUUUUUUUUUUUCCCUUUUUUUUUUUUAACUGGCUAGUAAUUUUCUAAUUAUGGUAUUUUUAAAUCAAACCUUUUACUGGACUUGUUCUUCCUUUUGGCACCUCAGCUUGGUUUUACUGUUACUGUACAGCAGCGUGUUUUAGGAACGUGUGUAUGUUUUAUGUGCGACGUUGAAUGAAUGUGUGUGUUUAAGUGCACGACUGACCACACCUGUUAUAGGACUCCUUUUUGCUAAAACACAAAGGAACAUUUUAAACUUUCAUUUGCACCCCAUCAGUGUAAAGUAAUAUUUAUCACACAUGCUUAGUUUUUCUUUCAAAAUAUAUCAUGUACUCGCUUUAUACAUUUGAUGUUUUACGGUGCAUACAGGACUUAGGUUUUGACAUUGUAAAUGACUUUUAAUAAUUAUGGUUGGAACACAACAACAAAAAAAAACAACAAAACUCUUCUUGGUGCAACAUUGUCAAAGUGAAGAGCCAUUCCAGUAACAUUAAAAUGUCUGUUUUAAAUAAA